CAAAACAUAAAAAUUUUACUUUAAAUUGCAUUACUAACAUAGUAACAUAUGUAUUUUGUUUUUUAAAAUAAUAAAAUUUCUUUAAAAUGGGGUUCUUAACAGUAUUAAAAAAAAUGAGACAAAAAGAAAAAGAAAUUAGAAUCUUGCUCCUAGGCUUGGAUAAUGCGGGAAAAACCACUAUUUUGAAGCGUUUGAAUGGCGAACCUAUAGAUACAAUUUCUCCAACGUUAGGUUUCAAUAUUAAAACUUUAGAACAUAGGGGAUAUACAUUAAAUAUGUGGGAUGUGGGCGGUCAGAAAUCUUUAAGAUCUUAUUGGAGAAAUUAUUUUGAGUCGACCGAUGGUUUAGUUUGGGUGGUAGAUAGCGCUGAUAGAAUGCGACUUGAAACAUGUAAAGCAGAAUUACAAGUACUUUUACAAGAAGAGCGUUUAGCUGGGGCUACUUUAUUAGUUUUGGCUAAUAAACAAGAUCUGCCAGGAGCGUUAUCUUCGCAAGAAAUUAAAGAAAUAUUAAAUUUAGAUGCUAUUGUAACUCAUCACUGGAUAGUAGUUGGAGUAAGUGCUGUAACUGGUGAUAAAUUAUUGUCAGCUGUAGAUUGGAUGUUAGAUGAUAUUGCAAAACGAAUAUUUACUUUAGAUUAA